GGUUGAACUUGUGGUGGUCGGAGAGUUUUUGAGAGCGAGUUCGGCAGCCAAUAGGUGCUGCGACAGCCUGCCUUUUGCCCCACCACGAACCUGCCACUUGCAAUCCGAUAAGCCUCUCGAUUUUUUUAUCGGCCAACGUCCGGAGAUCGCGUGGCUGAAUCGAAACCCCCCCCCCCCAAUUCCCAGAGGUCUUUGGUAUUCCCAGCGAAUAGGGUCUCCCGAGCUCAAUUGUAGUCCAUCUCUAAAGCUCCCAGUCCCUUCCGAGGGCACCCGCCGCCAUCAUGCCCCAGAACGAGUACAUCGAGCGACACCGCAAGCUCCACGGCAAGCGUCUGGACCACGACGAGCGGGCGCGCAAGAAGGCGGCGCGCGAGGGCCACAAGCAGAGCGAGAAUGCGCAGAACCUGCGGGGCCUGCGGGCCAAGCUGUACGCCAAGCAGCGGCACGCGCAAAAGAUCCAGAUGCGCAAGGCCAUCAAGCAGCACGAGGAGCGCAACGUCAAGGGCGCCCCCGCCGAGAAGGAGCCCGCCGAGGCCAUCCCCGCCUACCUGCUCGACCGCGCCAACCCGACCACGGCCAAGGCGCUGAGCUCCCAGAUCAAGAACAAGCGCGCCGAGAAGGCCGCCCGCUUCUCCGUGCCCAUCCCCAAGGUCCGGGGUAUCAGCGAGGAGGAGCUGUUCAAGGUUGUCAAGACGGGCCAGAAGGUUCAAAAAAAGGGGUGGAAGCGUGUUGUCACAAAGCCUACGUUCGUCGGGCCCGACUUCACCAGACGGCCGGUCAAAUACGAACGCUUCAUUCGGCCCAUGGGUCUGCGUUACAAAAAGGCCAACGUUACACACCCGACCCUCAACGUCACAGUUCAGCUCCCCAUCCUUGGUGUCAAGAAGAACCCGAGCAACCCACUUUAUACGCAACUCGGAGUAUUGACCAAGGGAACCAUCAUCGAGGUCAACGUUUCCGAUCUGGGUAUCGUCACAGCUUCCGGGAAGGUGGCGUGGGGUCGUUACGCACAGAUCACGAACAACCCCGAGAACGAUGGCUGCUUGAACGCGGUUCUUUUGGUGUAAGGAUUGUGUUUGAUGCUGAGUAUCUCUGGGUGGGCCUACAAAACUACAAACGUUGGCAUGGGAACGGCGUCUGGUGUUGGAGAUGGUUGAGGUGAUCUUAUAUAAAUGUAUUGCUUUUGGGACCUCUUCUGCAUUCUGCGGGCGGGUUUGACUCGGUUGCCCUGCCGUGAUGUGCUUUCGUUCAUCUCGUCUGUGGAAUCACGCUAGAGUGGCAGGAACAAGAGACCAACUGGUGGUGUUCGCAGUCAGCUACAAAUGGCUAAUGUUGACUAGCCACCAACGCUUCGUCAAACGAUCGAGAAGGAUCUAACUAUCGUCAAUCGUAUUACUCUCGCACCUAGAUGAAAGAACGCCUGGUUCGGCAA